UUUGGUGAUGUAAGCGGGGUCAGAGGUAAUUUUGUACGUCUGCGUAAUAGUUUGGCGCCAGCGAUUUCGCGGGGUAACAGCAGCACAAGAGAAGGAGGAAGACUGAAUACAUGGAGAGAAAAACAGCUAAAACUUCGAGAUAAACUCGCCUCAGAUUGAAGCAGACGUCUGUCUCCGCUGCUUUUUCAUGCUGUGUCGUUGUAAACUCCCGCUGUUUGUUUCUUUUUUCUGUGAACUCCGAGGUGAGCCAUGAAUGUGUCAAACAAACGGGGUAAAUAGUGUCUGAAAACGCUGAUCUGUGCUUCAUAAUGAGUCUGAAUGAAAGGCCGUGAAGGGCACAGGUGAGGCGGGUUAAAUGCAAAAGUGUCACCUGUUUUUUAGCGGUAUUUGACUCUGAUUUAGUGUGCAUGAAACUUCGCUAAGAGGCUAACAGUGAAGUGAGGGGACAUGCAGCUGCUGCUAAUGCUGCUAACUUGAUAAAGCUAGUCCACAUUAGCAGGCUGCUCUGCUAUUACCUCGCAUGUUGUACUUACAGCUGUCCUAUAAGAUGCAUUUAAUCAUUCAGACCCUGAGUUAAGUUAUUCAAUCUCUAAAUAACACAGUAAAAGUUGUUGUUUUUUUUCUCUUUAUGGGGCUCUACUGGGGUCUUGUUGUGGUUGAGACAUUUGCUAAAUGUUGGCCUGUUAUAGCAACCAACAAACACACAAAUAUAUGAAACAAACGGGUCAUCCUUGCAUUUGUCUUAACAGGUUAUAUCUACUAAUUUGUGUGUUUUUGCAGCUCUGGAUACAGUGGAGGGUGGACUCAGCUCUGCAUAAAUAUCACUGAGGUAUGUCCAAACAAAUGAUCAUCACUGCCUGAUUAAUACAAAGUUAAUGUUCCUAGGAGCAACCAAGCAUACCUGAUGACAGCAGUAAGUGAAAAUUCAACAUUUCCAGUGAGUGCAAGGGCCUCUCAAUACUGCAGUUAUGGAGGAUAUUCUUGAUUGCAGUGUACAAGUACAACAACAUUGCCAUACAAACCACAGGCAAAACUACACAAUAUCUAUUUAGAGGGGUAUUCCGGUGUGAAAUUAAGUUAGGGUUAAACACACCAUAACACUGAGUUAGACACCCCCUCGAGAGGCGACCACUUGCUUCUCUAGUUAUACCAACUGUAGUAACGACUGCAGGAAAGCAAUACAGAGAGCCACGCGCUCAACCAAAAAGCCACUCUAUAGCCACAAAUAAUGCUCAGAACAGCAGCUAAUUAACAGUACAUUAAGGGUCCUAGCCAUAGUACUAGCCACCAAAUAUCUUUUAAACUUUGCCUAAUUUCCUUCACAAAGAGACUAAACACAACUCACCUACUCUCUUCCAGCAGCUGCUUGUUUGUAGCGAGACCUCGGGCCAGUCCAUUACGGACUAUAGCGGGGUGACGCAGCUCAAGGAAGAACAUUCAUGAUCAUUUCUUUAUCAUUUCCUUGAAGUAACAAUCAUCAUAUUAAUCAUUUUACACUGCAGACGCGGUAGUUCUUCUGUCUUAGCGUCUCGGUCUGAUUGCAUUUCCAUGAAGAAAUUAUCAUAAAUCUUGUUCCUUGAGCUGCGUCACCCUGCUGUAGUCCGUGAUGGACUGGCCCGAGGUCUACAAACAAACAUCUGCUGGAAGAGAGUAGGUGAGUUGUGUUUAGUCUCUUUGCUAAAGAAAUUAGGCAAAGUUAAAAAGAUGUUUGGUGGCUAGUACUAUGGCUGGGACCCUGUAUGUACUGUUGAUGAAGUUAGGUGCUGUUCUGAGCAUUAUUUGUGGCUAUAGAGUGGCGUUUUGGUUGAGGUUUGUUUAUGGCUCCUCAGACCGCUGUGUAUUGCUAUCCUGCGGUUGUUACUAAAGUUGGUAUAACUAGAGAAGCAAGCGGUUGGCAACAUUAAUCUCUCGAGAGUGUGUCUAACUCAGUGUUGCGGUGUGUUUGGCCCUAAAUUAAUUUUAUGCCGGAAAAUCCCUUUUAAGGGCAAAAGUAGAGAGUCAAAAUGUUUUGGAGUCAAAAGGCGGAUAGCUGUCUUUUAACGGCAGUGGAUUAAAAGUCAUAAGUUCAUCUCAAAAUGAUAUUCAGGUGAAGAAGAAGAUUAUCUCCAACAAGAUUCAGAACUGGGCCUCCUUUUAUCGGCUUCCUGUCAGUUUUAGGAUCCAGUUUGAGAUUUUAUCACUUGUGUUUAAAACUCAACGUCUCACUUAUCUAGUUGUUGCAGCAACAUGUCCUAGCCAGAGUACAGAGGUCAACACCAGAUGCUUAUAAAUUUCUGAAGAUCCAGGCUGAAAACAAGCAGUGACAGAGCCUGUGCAGUGGCUGCUUCUUUUCUUUUUUUUUUUUUCUUUUUUUUUUUUUACCAUAUUUGUCUCUGAUAGUAUGUUUUUCACCACUGGGAGCAAAUGAUCUGCAGUAAGAUUUUUCUACCAGGUUUCUGAGAUGUCAGAUUUAUCGGUGCAUUUUUCACCCUGCAGACUCUGGCAGGAUUACUGCAUGACUCAUUUAGUUCAUUGACAAAUGAAUUAUGUCCAGCUUUUCACACUUUAAUGCCAUUAUUGCUGCAAAAAGUUACCAGCAUAAGUAAAUCUAUUGAUGCAGCUGCAGCGUUCAUUUGGUUGGACCGUUUCUGCAACAGUGGACAUGUAGAAUUAGGGAAAGCAACAAAGUGAAACGCAAAAAAUCAGUUCCUCUCAUGUGCAAUCUUCGCUGUAGUGAUUCUUUGUAGCAGUAAAAGGUGAUAGAUAAUUAGCAUACCAGAUUAAAAAUGGAUCAUGACUUCCUUUUGAUUCUGGUUCAUUUGAAUUUUUGCUGCUGACUGUUUUUACAACAUGGUUUCUGUUCUCAUUUUUUAAAUGCAUGGUGGUUUUCUCUCUCUUUUUUGUAAAGCAAAGACGAGGUGAGAAGUAAUAAUGAUGGCGGCCGCGGAGCCUCCAAGCAGCUCCAGUUUCCUCCCCCUGCUGGAGUCUGUGGAGGACAGUGCUGCCGGACAGUCCGAGCAGACAGACGCCUAUCUCACCAUUGCAAAGUACGUUUCAUAUUCUCAUUUUUGAUGUUGCUUUACAUAUAAAGCAUAUAUUUUGGUGAAAUAGCUGCAAACAUUUUUAAAAGGACUUUGAUUUAAUUUUCUUGAUGAUACAGUUGAAGAAAGUCAAAUUUUGGUGCUUUUUAAUGCUGCAGCUUUUGUUCUUUGUGUUUACUUUCCAGCCGGCUCAGUGGAGAAGAAGGCCGCCAGUUUCUCCCUGCUGUUGAAAAGCACUUUUCUCGUUUGGGUGAAGCCACCUUGGUGAGUCUUUUUGAUAAGUUUGUGAAGGUUAAAAAAUACAGGAAAUAAAAUCUGAUCAUUUCCUAACAAAACGUCUUAAUGAAUCCUUAUUGUGUCCUUGUUUUGUGUUUGUUUUCCAGACUCACAUAACCAGUCCGAAUGCAGAGCUGAGCCAAGCUGCGCUUCAGGCUUUGGGGUUUUGUGUUUAUCAUUCUCAAGUCGUCUCUGGAGUCUCUGGUACGUCAUUUAUUUACACAUCAUAACAAUCAGGCAUAACUUAGAGGGAGUUUAAAUCCAUCUGAAAGUGAUUACUUUUUUUUUUUUAAUCUGUUUAUUAGCAUUUUCAGUUUGAACAUAAACAAAUUCACAUGUUAAAUUAAUGUACAUAAUAAAUCCCCCAGUCCCUCCCUCACUGCCCCAUGUUCCCAGAUCCUCUAAAAGGAGCAUGAAGUGAGAGAGAAAAUGAAUAAAUAAAUAGUAAUAAUAGAAAGGAUAAUAAUAAAGAUAAUUACACUGCAAGUUAUCCUGAACAUCCAAUGUAAAGAAAGGGUAUUGCCAAAAAAAAUAAAAUUGAAUUAAAAAACAGGGUCCAGAAAGAGAACUACAAAAUAAAUUGAAAUAUUGGGAAAGAAAAUAAAAUAAUAAAAAAAAAGACUGACAGUGAUUCCUUUGUUGUUUUCUAGAAACUCUUGUAGGAGAAAUCCUCACAGCACUUUGCUCCUUGGUGGUCAAGACGACCGAUAAGAACACAUGCACCAGAGCAUUAUGGGUCAUCUCCAAACAGAGCUUCCCUUCAAAACUGGUGGCCAAAAAGGUGAGCUUUGAGUCCAGACACUUGUAACUGAACAAAGAGCUGCUGGGUACUGAUGAGGGGGGCUUCUCUCACUCAGGUGUCCUCUAUACUGGGAACACUGGAGGCGGUUCUGAGCAGAGAGGACAUCCAGUCUGUGGUGAUGGAGCAUGAGGCCUUAAAUGUUGUCAUUAGGUAACAGAAAAACAUUAUGUAGGAUCAUAUCCAGUUCGCUGAAUGUCAUUAGAGGAGUGGGUAUUUAUAUGUACCGGUAUUUUCAGGAUGCUGGAGCAGGUACCAGCUCAGAUGGGUGAAAGAGUAGUCCGGUGGGCGAAGCUCAUCAUCCCGUUGGUCAUCCAUUCGGCAUCCAAAGUGCGACUACGAGCCGCUGCAGCCAUGGAGAUGGGCAUGCCGCUUUUGCUUCAGAAACAGACGGAAGUGGCUGCCAUCAUUGAACCCAUGAUGUCCACAGUGAGUAUUUCUGUGGAUGUUUUUACGUUGGGACCAGACCUCAUGGAGUCAAUAGAUGCAGCUAAAUGGAGUCGGCUAAAUAAACCGCCCGUACUUACUCGUGUGUAGAUUUUGUAUCAUCGAGGGUUGAAUACGGGUUAGGUAAUUGAUGUGCAAAUUGUUGAUAUGCAUGGUUAUUUCAUGCUUUUGCAGCUCUGACAUUUCAAAUAGAAACCCGGCCGUGUUAAUCACUUUGCUAAUAUUCAUCUGUCUUUGCAGAAACUGAUCCCUGAGCUUCAGAAACUUUUCAUGUCCAAGAAUGAGACGAACGUCCUGAAGCUUUGGCCGUUAUUUGUGAAACUGCUCGGCAAGGUAUGUUGAACCGCACACGUCACAUGCAGAAAGUUGUCAGAUGGUUUUAUUUACAUUCGACUGCAUGUUUAUUUUGUUGUGUUCCCCACACAGCUGCUGCACAGAGGAGGACCCUUCAUUAACUCUCUGCUGCAUCUCGAGGAACUCGGUUUCCGCAGCUCCUCCCCAUCCAUCAAGAAGAUCGCCUUCAUCGCCUGGAAGAGCCUCAUCGAUAACUUCGCCCUCAAUCCAGGUGAGUUGAAGACGCUGCGCUCCCUGUGUGGUUUUCUCAAAGUGAUUCAUCUUUGAGCGAUUUUAAGAUUUGUGUUUCACGUCUCUCCUGAAGAUAUCCUGUGCAGCAGCAAACGGAUGAAACUCUUGAUGCAACCGCUCGCGUCCAUCCACGUCAGGACGGAGGCUCUGAUGCUCACUAAGGUGGAGGUCUGGUGGUACCUGGUGGUCCAGCUCGGGCCCAACCUGUCUGCAAACUUUGAUCAGGUGAGAAACAGACCUGCAGCUCUUUGAUGUUUUGUGCCUUAAGUGUAAGAGCUGUGAUCGUCAGAGUGAAGAGUUUUCGUCUAUCUCCAGGUCGCUCUUCCUCUGCUCCAGUGCACCAUUGGAUCCGACUCCCCUACAGUUCCAGGAACCCCAUCCAGACCUGUCAGCCAAAACGGUUCAGCUACACCUGCAACUCCAAAGACCGGUACGUCCACCUCCCUCCUCUAUAGGUGUUGCAUCAGGGUGAACGUGGACAUUGAUGCGGGAUGUAUUUUGCAUUCCUAGCAGGCCCUCCAGGCUUCAGCAGCCCCGCUAACACAUCCCGGAUGAGCCUGAACUCCAGCGUGCAGCACCCGACAACUUUCCCGUCUAUCCAGCUGUUGGGCCUGGAGAUGUUGACGCACUUCUUCCUGGGGCCAGACGUUCUUAACACGACUGCGAAGAACAAAAUAAUCCUGAGUCUCGGUGAGAGCGACAAACCAGAUUCUGUCGGUUCCUUGUGUCGUUUUCGAUCAGUAUAUGAUUGGACGAUGAAUUCAUGUGCCCCUCAUAUUAUCCUUUCAGAGCCCUUGACCCAUCCUCUCCUCACUGGAGCGUCAUCUUUCACCAAACACGCCGCUGUGCUCACCUCCAGCAUCCGAGACGGUUUCAUCAACGUCGGCAAAGACGCUCCAGGUUAAAAAAAUCACAGUUUUGGAAUCACCUCUGACCCUGUUCAGUCCUGUAGAUAAGAUCCCUCCACUGUUUAGUAAUCCAGGUUGUGAAGUUUCUCCACAGCAGCAGCUCCCCCUCAGUCUUUGGCAGCGUGUCAGUGUUUGUUAGCAGGGUUUGAAAUUCUCUGGUUUUAAUCAGGAGCUGCUGAUAAACUGUAGGGAGGCUCUGCUCUAGAGCUGCAGUUUCCCUUCAUGGCCGAGAUGAUUAUUGUGUUUACUCCAAAUGAAAUAAAGAACCACAGUUCGGAGUAUCUGACCAAAUCAGCCGACUCUCUGCCAACACAAACCGCAGGCUCUAAUGCAGAGCUGUGCAGGGGGCUCUUUGUUGGAGGCAGUUUUAUAACAACCUCCCAUGAGUUGGUGAAAUACAACCCAGGAAGUCCUCUGAAAGUAAAAGAGAUGUGUGUUCAAGGCUUCUCUGUGAAACUGUCCAAAGUUUCCAUGUUGACAUCUUCAUCUUUACAACAAUAAACGAUUUAGCUCGAGUUCCCAGAUUGUCUUGAGCCUAAAGUCGUCUGUCUUGAGCUUGUGUUGACUUAACCCUCCCUUUAAUGAGACUUGUGUUUCUCCUGCUUUUCCUUUUAGACUCUCUUUUGACGAUCAUAUGGACGAGUCUUGUUCGGUUUGUCAACUUCACCAUCGAGUCAGGUAAGACAUCUGCUAAUCUGAGUUUUUUUCUUCUUAUGAAACUUGGUCCUCUUGAAAAUCCUGAUUAUUCACAUUUAUUCAAUCUAAUGAAUAUUUCAUUUUGUGCAAAGACUCUUGAUUCUGAUCAUUUUUAUAUCCAGGUUGUAAAACAGAGUCACCAUGAUCACCUUAAACUCCGUCAACAAAUAGUUCUAGGAUCUUUUUAAAGAGUGUUUUUGACCAAGUGUGGUGGCUGCUGCUCUGCACGGUGGGCUCUUCCAGUCGUGGUCCUCACCUCGCAGCUCCACAUACAGAACUCUGAUUGGGUUUUGGCUCCGUCACAUGAGAGGAGGACUCAUAAGACCCCGUCCCCCUCUCCUGCCUGACCCACUCCCACUGUCGUCAGUUUAAGUCUGAACGUUGAGACCCUCGAGGUCUGGACUGCUGUGAAGAGAAAACACACUGAGGGGUCUGUCCCCGAUGAUGACCGUCUUCUCUUCAUUCAGACACAUUUCCAGUUUCAUUUGUCCGACAGCUGACGGCUCUCUGAAGUUAAUGUCUCUCCUGGUUGUCAGUAGGCAGUAAGAAGGACCGGCAGGGCUGCGAGGUCCUCACUCUGAUGCUUCAGGCUCUGCAGAGCAUUGUCACCUCGGAGGUUCUGCCUGCAGAGAAAGUUCUGGUAAGAGUUGAUCGAAUACAAAAACCUAAAGCCAAAGGCACCCUGCUUUAAUCUGUCAUUUAUAUUCAAGUUUAAAAUCCUUGACUGUUUAAUUUUUCUCGACAGAUCCUGUUUAAAGUGACCGUAAAAGGCAUCCAUCAGAGAGUCCUCGGCUCCGCCUCCUAUCAAGUCGGAAAGAUGGACGUACUGAAUGUAAGGGGCUGUUUGCUUUCUUUUCAUCAGCAUGUAUUCAUUUUCCGUUUAGCUCACAAACUCUGUCAUCUCUUCUUCAGGGGACGCCGGCGCUGUUCCUCAUUCUGCUGCUCUACAACAGCAGCACGCUGUCGGAGUACUUAGAGGACGAGAGGUGGGUCUGAAGUAUGAAUGUAAACAUGAGAUUGUGAGGAUGUUUUCGUCCGAAUCUCCAGUUGCAUGUUUUUGGUUUUGAUCCGAAAGGCUCUACAUCAACAUUAAAACUAGUGGUGGACUGAUAACAGUUAUUCAUCAUGAAAAUGUUUACUAAAUUCUGCUUUACAUUGAUUAAAUUUGCCUCUGGGGUCUCUUAUAUCAUUAUUUUCGAGCAGGACAUGACUGUCGGCUGUAUUUAAGUUUCUAUUGAGUUUCUUCUAAGUUACUUUAAAGACAUUAUUCACCUAAUAAGUCUUUCUAAAGACUGACCAUGUUGCUCCAAAUUGAAUUUUUCCCUCAGUGUGAUACAGAAGAGAAAGAUGGUGCCCAGUAUUAAACAUGAGCGGUUUGAUUAACAGACUUUUCUCUGACUUGAAUUUCUUAUGAAUGAUCUAAAAUCCAGGAUGAAUCAAACAGUUGUUGUAACUUCAGUUUGGAUCCCUCUGGUGGCACGACCACAACCUGCAUCACUCAGUCGAAUUUGUCCACAUUUAUCUUUUUUAAAGUUUUUUUUUAGUGUUUUUGUCCCACAUUUAAAAUGUCCUGUUAAAAAUACACUCAAAAGUCAUUGUUUUUAUAUUAUGGAUAUGGAUAUUGGUGAAUAUCCAUCGGCUCCUUUUUUCCCUCCUGCAGGUUUUUUGAGUGUCUUCAGACUCUGGUGGGCUGUGGUCUCUCCGGUCACACGUCUCCUCUGGCGUUUGGGGAGGCAGUGCUCGGCGGCAUGCGGCGCAGCGCUGAGACUCUGCAGAACAAAGAGCAGCUGUGGAAGAUGUGGAGCAUGAUGGUCAGCCCACUCACCGAAACCAUCACAAAGGUGAGGAAGAGAGGUGGAAGCGGACUCGUAUGUGACUGUGUUUGAUCGACAUUACCCAAAUUAAAAUGACUCUUUGUGAAAUUCAACUUUUGGUUUAGAUUUAAGACUUACAAAACUCAUCAUUUGGUCUUGGUGUCCUGCCCAAGUUGAUCUGAAGUUCUGGUUUUGUGGUUCCCUGCAUCAGGAGUUUUGAAUAGUUUGAGUGAGAAAAAUCUGUGAAAUUGACUUGAUGAAUAAUACAGAAUACAUUAUCAAGAAACACAAACUAAAAGAACUGAAAUCAGUCUGAACUGGGGUUCGAAACAUUGUGAAUUAAGCUGCCAAGACCUUCCAAGCAUGUAGUUUUUAACUUCUCAUCCGAAGAAAGAUGAAGACAUUAAAUAAAAAUGAGUGAGGGUAAAACUAACUUAAGACUUCAUUUCCAGUCUCUUUAAAGUGAUCUCAGCUGCUCACUGCAGAGUGUUGUUUUUCCUCACACAGCUCUGUUUCAUGCCAGCAGAGCUCUAAAUGCUUAAAAUCUCACUUCUUAUUUACAGUCUAAUGAAGUAAAUCAAGGUGACGCUCUGGAGCACAACUUCAGCGCCAUGCACUCUGCCCUGAUGUUCCCUGUUGCACAUCUACUGAAAGGCACACCACUGCAGCAGGUCUGUUUGUCCGUCGGUCUUAAACAUCAUAUUCUUACCCUCAUGAAGCAGCCCUGCUUGUUAUUAAAUCCUCUUUAUUUUCACCAGGAUAAAUCUCUUUGAUCAUUUUGGUCUUUGUGUUUUGUUAGGCGUCCCAGAAGUCGAUGCUCUCCACGUGGUCCAAACUUUACAAAGUGUUUGCUCGCUGCUCUGCGCUGGUGGUCACAGCAGAGGAAAACGUCUGCUGCGAGGAGCUCUGUACGAAAAUGACAGCAGCCCUAGACAAAGAGGCUCUGAUGGUGAGUAGAAAACAAGAAAACCUUUGUCUUCAUUUUUCAGAAGUCACCAAAUAUUUCAACAUCCAAACAAGAAACAGUGAUCUUAAAAAUGAUGACGCUUUAAAAUUAAGAAUCUUGUUGAAAAAUGUCCCAAAGCUGCCCCCAUACUUCUGGGAAAGUAAAGUACAGAAAUUCAAGAGGAAUGUAGACGGGCAGCACAGAAAAAAGAACAAGGAAACAGAGUUAUUAAACAGAAAAAAGAGAUAACUUAAGAAGGAAUAUAAGUGUCACGUUUUGUAGAAAGCUGAUAUUUCAAAGUGUUGAAAGUCUUUCAUCUUUUUGAGAAAUGUGAUCUUUGUGUUUCUCCAGGUUCCUUCAACAUUAAGUGCUGUUUCCAGUAUCCUCCAGGUCAUGAUGGAGUGCGUCGACUUCUCUCCUUACACUCCUCGGUUUCAACAAAAGCACAAGUGUAAGGAAACUUCAGGAAAACUAAUUUCAGCCCUGAAUCACUCUUUGAAAAGGCAAAGUUUCAUUCUUGGUCAAAUCUGUCUCCCGCAGCUCCUCACACUCCGGUAAACUGGACCAAGAAGAGGAGUAAGGUCCUGGGGAAUCUGACCACCUUCCAGUCCCUGCUGGUUCAGUGUUUGGAUGUGUACCUGGAGGACUCUGAGGCUCCCUCUGAACCUACAGGACUCGCUCUCACCUCCAUCCUCUCUACUUUAUUCUCCAACCUCCUUCUCGCCAACACUAUCACCGCAGCCCUGACCGCUCUGAUUCAACCUCUCACGCUUUUCUACAAACAAACAGCCAGCAAGCCGCCCAGAUUCUCCUCACAGCUUCAGGGAAAGGUGAGUCCUCUUUAUUCAAAACCUGUAAGCUUUUUAACUUUGGCGCUUUAUAACUAAAUAACUUCCUCUGUCUUCAUCUUCUUCCUGCAGCUGGAGAAGCUCCUUCCUGACGUUCUCGGCUGUCUACAGACUUGCUCCACUUUAACGUAUGACGAUGAGCUCCUGACUCUGCUGACUCCUCUGCUGUGUGUUCUGUUUCCUCACGAGAGCAAGCAGCUUCGCACAUCUGUCACCCAGUUCUGGAACGCCACCUUCGCUAAGUCGGACAGCCUCACCUACCCUGACGAGAUCAGGUAAAGAUAUUUUGAUUUUUUUUCGACCACUCCAAAGCUAUAUUUCUCUGGUACUGUGGUCAAAUCUUGGUUUGCUUGGUCAGUAAUAAAGGUAAAAACCAUCUAAACAAGCCCUUUCAAAAUAAAAGCAUUUAAAUGAUUUAGAUCUACUUUUUUAUAAAAAUACUGCACACCUGUUUUAGCUUUUCCACAUGUUCUCAACAAGGCAAAAAUGGAAAAAAAUACCCUUAUGGCUAGCGGGGUCAUUAAGAUCCAGUUAUAUAAUUUAUAGUAGUGUCAUGUAUAUUUUCUUUUCCUUUCCGCAGACCAAUAUUGAGCCAAGUGAAGGUGAAGACCCCUAUCAUUCUUCCUGGGUUUGAAGUCCUCAGUAUUCCUGAUGAGCUCAGUGGACUGUGUUCAGUAAGUUUAGAUGUUUCUUUGUUAAAUUCGAAAUAUAUCUACCCCUCAGUCUCUGUUUUUUGUUUAUGACUUUGCAUGUUUUUGUCCUCAGAGUGAGAGUUCUCAGAUGGAGACCAAGCUCAGCGGGAUGCCGAUUUCAACAGUGGGGAAGAGGGACUCACUUCUGGGAAAGACUCCUGAGAUGAAAGAGAGAAGCUCCACGAUGAUCUCCAAACCAGUUUCUGUGAGUUCAGAUGUUGUUUAAAAGAGAACUCAGGUCUUCUUCAGGGUUUAUCUUUUUUGUUUUUAUUUGUCAUCUUAAACCACACAUCAAAAAUUUGUUUUCUUUUACAGACCAAACUGGACUUUGGAUCUCCCAAACAUCCCCGCAGAGCAGUUUUAGAGGAAGAAGCCUCCAUCGACUUUGUCUUCAUUCCUCCUGAGACCAAGGAGCGAGUUCUGACCGAACACCAGAAGGAGGUGAAAAGGACCAAAAGGUGUGUUAGUCUAUCAGCCACAUUUAAAACACAUUUAAGAUGUCUUUUUAAAGGCUUGAAUGGUGCUAAUGUUUUCUCUGACGCAGGGUUGACAUUCCUGCCAUGUACAAUAACCUUGAUGCCUCCCUGGACACUACAGCUUUCACCCAGUACACUCAGAGCCAAGAGGACACUCAGUAAGUUUUCAGCAUCGACUGCCAGAAUCAGAAAAAAAUCCCCUUUCUCUAACAAGAUUCAUUGACAUAUUCACAUUUUACCCUUCACAGGGACAAACUGCCAGCUGAACAAACAGAAACUGUUACCGAAGAGGCGCCUGUGGAGGUAAUCAAAUAAAAAUCCUCAUUGCAAAAGAAACACAAAAGAGCAGUACCAAGCAAGAUGAACAGAAAGUUGUUUUGUCCUGUAUUUCUAUGUGCAACCACAAGUUUAGCAACAGUCUUGGUUUUCUUCAAGUUUAACAUUUUAAAACAAAAACAGCCCACAUGUAACUGUGCCUCAUUUUUUAAAAUUAAUAAUAAAUCCUAAAGCUCAUCUGACCAAGUCGGUUAAAAUGUUUGUCCUCCUCAAAGGUUCCUCAAGAACAUGCUCAGAAUGAGGAAGAUGCUGAAGUCCUAAUAAAGGACACGCAGGACUAUGCCAGCCCAAAAGCUGUUGACAGUGUUGCAGAAAACCAAAAACCGGAAGAAUUGAUUCCUAAAUCAACAGAUGUUUCAAUGGAAGAUGUCUCCAAAACCGAAGAUAAAGGAGAUGAUUCAGAAGUGGAGAGAAAACAAGACACAAGUCCUAACAUCUCUGGCUCUUCAGAUUUGGUCUCAGGGACUCCCCAGAAACCCAACAGUCGUCGACAGUCCUUUAUUACUCUUGAGAAGUAUGCUGAAGGAAAGCCUGCAAGUCCCAGUAGUGUAUCCAAGUUUACAGGUCCUCUUGUAAAGACGUCUAAUAGCCAAGAAUGCACCAAGAAGUCUUCUUCACAGACUUCUAUGUCCGCUGCUCCAAACUCCCAGGAAUCCCAGUCCACUCAGGUAGGAAAAGUAAAUUCUCAGAGUCCUGUCAAGGAUACUCCAGAUUCCCCUGUAAGACCAAAGGAUUCUGGGACUAAAUGUGAGCCUGUAAGACUGACUGACAGACUUCCGAGUGACACAACCGAGGAAGAAGAUGUUAUCCCAGAUACCCAGACUGAAGCAGGUCCAAUGGAGAGCAUAAAAACAGCUGAUGUGUCACAAGAAAUUGAACCCUCAAGCCAGGAAGAGGAAUUUGAAUCCACCCAAGAUGAUUCUCAAUCCUCUGCAAACGACGCAUCUCCUAGUGAACCGAGAAGGUCUGGGCGCCCAAGGGUCAGACCUCUGCGGCCUGGAGAGGACCCAGAGGUACGGGACCAGAAAUUCCAGCAGCCGAAAAGGAAACGUUCUGAAGGGGAGUCAAAAGGUGAUUCUCCAAAGUCGAACUCGAUUCAGAGCAGGCCAAACACACGAGGUAAGAUUGCUGCUGAGGAGGACAGUAGUAGAGUCAGGUUACGAUCAAGGACUCAGAGAGAUAAGGGGGAGUCAAGCCAAACCAACUCUCAGGGUAGAUCAAACAAGAGGAUCAAACUUUAUAGCUUUUCACAGGAUUUCCUUGAUCAGCCUGAACCCAGAAGGAGAAGCACCAGAGAUUUGGAUUCUAGUCAAUCAGACUUAAAGUCUGACACGCAGUCUGACAGUCAGUCACAGGGAAGGAUUGGUCGACGGAGCAGGUCAUCUGUGGAGACCACGGAAGAACCUGCUAACGCCAAAAAAGAUCUGCCCAAUAAGGAGUCCAAGAAGAAGCUUGAGUUGGUAGAACAGGCUAAAAAAGAUCAAGAUGAACCAAUGAAGGACUCUACAUUAGUCACCUCCACCCCAAAAGUCAGUAGUGACUCCCAAGAGUUUGACCUUAUUGAACAGACUGUAAAAGAUGGAGAUUCUCAAAUGGACACUAUUCCCCCUCCUGAAGAAUCUCAAGAUAUGACCAGCGAGACCAACAAUUUAGUGAAUGAUGUAAAAGGCAAGACAAAAGAUACAGAUGAAGACCAGAGUCAGGAGGAUUCUCAAGCUAUGACCCCUUCUUUGGAUAGCCAGUCUUUGUGUAAAUCAAGAAGAAGCAAGGCAUUGUCGGACUCUUGUGGCCAAUCUCAAGCGUUGGGUGGAGUCGAAACAGCUCAAAAGAAAGAGGAAGAUUCUCAGAUUGAUGUUUCAUCUUCUGGGGUCAAAGAGGAUUCCCAAGAUAUCACGCUAUCCUCCUCAGGUAGCCAAUCUGUACACAAAUCAAGAAGAAGCAAGGCAUCAUCAGAUUCUCAAUCGAUCACCUCUUCUUCCCAAGCUGAUGGCCAAUCCCAAGAAUCCCAGAUUGUUAAGAAGGGCAAAAGGGGGAAGAGAGGUUCUAACAUGGGUGUCUCGUCACUAGCUAAUGAUUCACAAGAUGAAAAAGAAACAAAUACAAUCCUAAGUCAGUUGGAGGAACCAGAUGUUGAGCCACAAACAAAAGAGGAAUUAGUUGAUAUCCCCAGUCAGGAUGACUCCCAAGUGAUCACACCAUCUUCCUCAGAUAGCCAAUCUGUACACACAUCUAGAAGAAGCAAGGCAUCAUCAGAUUCUCAAUCGAUCACCUCUUCUUCCCAAGUUGAUGGCCAAUCCCUAGAAUCUCAGAUUGUUAAAAAAGGCAAAAGGGGGAAAAGAAGAUCACACAUUGGUGUCUCGUCGCCAGCCAAUGAUUCCCAAGAUGGAAAAGAGACAAAUACAAUCAUGAGUCAGUUGAAGGAACCAGAUGUUGAGCCACAAACAAAAGAGGAAUUGGUUGAUAUCCCCAGUCAGGACGACUCCCAGGUGAUCACACCAUCUUCCUUAGAUACCCUAUCUACUCGCAGAUCAAGGAGAAGCAAGGCAUCAUCAGACUCUCAAUCGAUUACCUCUUCCCCUCAAACUGAUUGCCUAUCCCAAGAAUCCCAGAUUGUUGGAAAGACCACAAAGGAGAAAAGUGAUUCUCUGGUGGAUUCCUCUUCCCCAGCUUCUGAUUCCCAAAAAGGAUUACAGAAGACCAAAAAGCUUACAAAUGAACCAUGUUUUGGAAACGAACACAAAGCAGAAGAAGGCAUGGUUGACAACCUUAGCCAGCAGGACUCUCAAGUGGUUACACUGUCCUCUGAGAGUCAAGGUCUGAGCAAGUCUAGACGGAGCAAAACGUCUGCGACAGUAGACCCUGCAGAUAAAACAAUGAGCAAUGAAUCAGUUAGACGACAGAGAAGAUCUAACGCUCAUACAACACCAGAAGCUGUUGAACAGGUAGAGAUCAAAACUGGGGGAAGAGCCAAAAGGAGCAUGGUAAAAGAGGAACAAUCAAAAUCAAGUCCAAGCCCUUCUCUGGAAAGUUCCCAGUCUUUAGAGGGUUCAGGGUCCUCUCAAGGCAGGGGCAGACCUAGACGGUCUUCCCAAGCUUUCGUAGCCAGUGUUGAGUCCACAGGAUCUGAAUCCUCAGAGGUCAAAGAAAGUCCAGUUGUCCCCAAAAAGAGAGGGAGGAAACCUCGAGCAUCUCUACAGAGUCCUGUCACUAUUUCAUCCCAAGAAGACACUACCGAUCAAAGUUUGGCAAUGGAUGAUUCCCAGUCCUCCCAAGUGCUAGAGUCACAAAAUGUAGAGGCUGAAACCUUAACAAAUGUGGAGGGUUCAACGACGGAAUCCCUACAGGUUACAAGUAACACUGAUGAGCAAGGAGACAAAGACGCACCGAUGGAGGUAGAGGAUGAAGCUGUUGUCCAGCAAAUUGACACGGAAACCACAAAAAACAGUGAAAUCCUCGCAGCAUCACCCCGAAAGGAAGCGCAAAGACCAGAAGACUCGGAGACAAAAGCUGAGGAUGCUGCCUCAAAAGAAAAUGAGGACUUGAAACCAGUGCCUGUGCUUGAGUCAGUUGGGAUUUGUGCUGAAAACACUCAGGAGGAGCUGUCUUGUGACACCUCCACUGUGGACAAACUGGCGCCUCCUGGUGAGAUGACAGAGCAACUGCAGGUCUCAGAGUCAUCAGAAGAGAAAUCUGAAGCGUCCCAGCCUGCUGAAAAAGUUCCAGAGGAACAAAAUGAGAAUUCGGCGUCAAACAGUCAAGAGAAUGAAGUUCUUUCAGAGGAGGACUCGACAACAAAAAGUCAUGAUACGUCUUUUGGACAAAGUGAAUGUCCAGAUGCCAUCGAUGAUUUUUCAAAAGACGGAGAGCAGCCCUCUGCUCAUGACGCCACACCUGUACAGGACAGCGAUAAAGACACCAAACCUCUGGACACUGACGGUCAGGAUGUUGAGGACAUUCAGACCGUGAACCCUGACAACGACCGAGAUGCAGAUGUGGAUGCAGCUCCAAGUGAUGAUUGUAAUACAUCGUUAUCAGAGCCAACAAGCACCCUGGAAAAUGGUGAAAAACUCCAAGGCUCUCCGGCAAAGCAGAAGGACCUUGAAGCUGUGAUGGGGCAGGACGUCGGCCAAAGCCCAGGUGGUGGCAGAACGAGGGGAUCCUGGUCCCCUUCCGCGUCCCCAUCAACCAGUAUCCUAAAGAAGGGCCAGAAGAGACCGCUGGAGGAUGAGACGCCCUCACCUCUGGUCAAAGUAAGUGAGACAGGGAGUUCUGUAUUCUCUGAUUUUACUUUUCUUUGGAGUGAAUGAAAGUAACAAUCUUUCGAUUCUUACCUUUGCAGUCCAGACGCGUGUCUUUCGCUAACCCGAUCCAACAGCAGGAAACAGCGGAUGACAUCGAUCGUCGCAGCCCUGCUUUGAGAACAAGCUCCCCAAGAAGAUCCAAAGGCAGCAGCAUCCCUCAGCCGAAGGUACAAAUGAGAUUAGAAAUGCUGUUUCUGAUGUAUAAGAGCCAAAUCUGUCCAGUGCUGAUUAACAAGACCCGCUUUUGCUCUUUAUCUCAGUAUAUUACUACGCCAACAAAGGGGAUGCUGAUCCUUAGUCCAAGAAAUCUGCACAGUCCAGGGUACAAGAGCUCCAAGAAAUGUCUGGUAUGCACAAAAACCUCAACAAAACACUCAGAGUUCUCACGUUCAUGGAAAACUUCAGAUCAUGAAGUAAGCAGAUAUAUCAUCCUGGGUUUUCUGUUUGUCAAACUUCUUUAUUUUUAUUUUUCAGAUUUCUGAGAUGAGUCAGGAGCCUCGACCUGUCUCCAGAGACUGUAUCUACCCCGCUCUCGUUGGCUGCUCCGCACCUGUGGAAGCUGUGCUGCCCCAGAUUUCCUCCAACAUGUGGUGAGAAAUGAAAGUGCAUGUCAUGUAUCGGGUCAGAUUCAUAUAUUUGUCUUGCAUUAAUUUGCGGGUGAUGUUAUUCUCUGUGUAGGCCUCGUGGUUUUGGACAGCUUGUCCGAGCCAGAAACAUCAGAACUGUGGGAGACCUCAGCGCUUUGACCCCAGGUGAAAUCAAGACUCUGCCAAUUCGAUCCCCGAAGAUCUCCAACGUGAAAAAGGCUCUUAAAAUCUACGAACAACAGGUACAGAGCAGGCCGCAGAAACACAAGUAAUAACGUGCUGGAGUUGAAUACUUGAUGUUUGACGUCCUGAAAUGUCUUGUGUAGCGUAAAGGACGAGGCGGAGACGAGCUGAAGAGUUUCGAUGAAACAGAGAUGAUGACCUCUGAACUGGAGGAGACCAAUGCUCCUCAAAACCAGGACGAAGAGGAUAAGGUGUCAGGAGAAACACUGGGUGAGUGAAACUCUGGAUGACCCACUCACCCUGAUUUUUAAAGGUCAACCAGAUGUUAAACACAUGAUUGUUUCUUUGCUAGAAAACCACAUCAGAAGAGUUUCAGCUCACUGGUCUCAACAGAGAAACAGAUUUGAUUCGAGGAUCAAGUUUUACUGAUAGCAUGUUUUCUCUGACCUUCGUGAUGAAUUUUGUUGCGUAAAUGUGCUCAACAAACUCGCUUCCUUUGGGAGGCAUUCUGAUUGGAUAAACAAGUUAACAUCUUUCUUAUAUUUGCAGCGACUGAGCUGAUCGACGAGCCUGCACCCGCUGCGGAAAGUAAACCAGAGGAUGAUGUCUCCAAGUAUCUCACACCCGAUACGUCGCCAGGGGAGCAGAGAGCCGGGAGAAAGCUGCAGUCUGAGGGUCUCCUUUCAGAGGUUGAAGCUCUGAGCUGCAGGAUGACUCCACUCGAACUCAGUCAGUGCUCACCGCAGCAGCUGGUUCAGAUACACGACCAGUUAGGAGGCGCGAUGAGGCGGGUGGUGGUCGAGAUGCAGACGCGACUCUGCCAGACUGACGGAAAACCCUGAACGGAAAAAGACACUUCUCUACUUGAGAUGUUAAGGACACAAAAACUGAAACUGUGAUAAAAGACAUCUUCAAUCAACAGAUUUUACUAAGGAGGAUUUUAAUUUUCGUUUUUACCCAAAUGGCCUUCUCUGAAAUUUUAGGUGUUUUUUAAAACUGCUUGUGGCACAUCUUCUUGUCAUUCGUAGCUUGAUUUGUGGUGUAGUUAAUUAAUUUUUUUAUGAAAGACUCAAAGGGAAGCACAGUCACACUUUGUAGGCUGUUUCCAAAGAGGGUGGGGAUUAUUCAUAGCUGUAGUCGCCUCAUGGAUGGUGUUUUUCCUGCUGUCCUCUCUGACUUUAUAUGACGGACUGAUGUGUGUAGAAAAAUGUCCUGCUGCUGAGUCCCUCCAGUUUUGUACAUACGCUCUCUGUCCAGGCACUUCUGUCCUCCCUGUGCCUGUUUUUAGGCUGUUUACAUUCACCUCAUGACUGCUCCUGUAUAUUUUGAAGGAUUCUGUUAUUUCACCUUUUUAUGUCAGAAAGCAAACUUAAGAUGGUAGUAAACAUUCUGCACUUAAGUCUUUCUUUGCGGUUUUAAAUACUUCAAUAAAAAGACAACCGAGUAUGAUUUUAUCCACUUUUUUUGAUGCAGUGUGUUGGACUUGCAUGAAUCAUAUGGCAGCGAAGAAUCUCUGAAAGCUCUGAGAUUAAAACAGACAGGACUCCGUAGUGCACAGGUGUCAAACUCAAGGCCCGGGGGCCAAAUCUGGC